AUGACCAUGGAAAACGCAGAGCAACAAGAGAAGAAAGUCAAUGUUCCACGUUCAAGGGUCAGGGGCCUCGAUGUUCCCACAUUUACAGAUCAAUACGAAAAGCGCCGGUGGAUGCUUCAACACAUGGCGACUGUUCUACGUGUGUUUGGACGAAAAGGUUACAAUGAAGGAUGUGCUGGCCAUGUGACUAUAGUUGAUCCUGUUGAUCCAACAACUUAUUGGAUUAAUCCAAUUGGUAUCCACUUUUCUAUGAUUACGGUCAGUGACAUAGUCCACGUCAACUCCCAAGGUGAACCAAUUGGUGGUAGUAUGGCACCUUUCAAUGCCGCAGGUUUCAGAAUACACUCAGCUAUGCAUAGAGCAAGACCCGAUAUUGAAGCUAUUUGUCACGCUCAUUCAUUUUACGCACGUACAUAUUCAGUUUUUGGGAAAGAAUUGGAGAUGCUGACUCAGGAUAGCUGCUUGGUUCAUGACAACCAAAUUGCAUUCGCUCAAUAUGAAGGCGUGGGACUAGAUGAGGUCGAGGGUCAAAAGAUUGCAAGUGUUCUCGGAAACAAAAUGUGUAUUCUCCUUCAAAAUCACGGUGUCAUGACAGUCGGUAAAACUGUAGAUGAGGCAGGCUAUCUACAUGUUCUUAUGGAAAACAUGUGCAAGACACAGCUUUUGGUAGACGCGGUAGCCAACAACUCUCAUAUCGAGAAGAAAAUAAUAAGUGAUAAGAUCGCCAAGAGGGCAUUUAAAGAUAUAUCGAGCCCCAAUGGUUUAUAUGCUGCUAUGCAACCUGAUUUAGAACUAGAAAUAUAUCUCUCUAAAGAUGAGGUUUUGAGAUAA